AUGAGGAGUGAGAUGGCACGUCUCAGGUGUGGGAAGACGAUUCCACUGCUUGGAAUGGGAACUUAUUGUCCUCAAAAAGAUCGAGAGAGCACCAUCGCAGCCGUUCACCAAGCAAUCAAGAUAGGGUAUAGACAUUUUGACACAGCAAAAAUAUAUGGAUCAGAAGACGCUCUAGGAACUGCAUUGGGACAAGCUAUCUCCUAUGGAACUGUCCGAAGAGAAGAUAUCUUUGUCACUUCAAAGUUAUGGUCUAGUGAUCACCAUGACCCUAUGUCUGCCCUCAAACAAACUCUCAAGACAAUGGGGCUUGAGUAUCUAGAUAGUUACUUGGUGCAUUGGCCAAUAAAGCUAAAGCCAGGAGUGAAUGAGCCUAUACCAAAAGAAGAAGAGUUUGAGAGAUAUUUAGGGAUUGAAGAAACUUGGCAAGGCAUGGAGAGAUGCUUGGAGAUGGGUUUGUGUGAAUCAGUUGGCGUUAGCAACUUCUCUUCUAAGAAGAUUUUCGAUCUCCUCGAUUUCGCUUCUGUCUCUCCUUCCGUUAACCAGGUGGAGAUGCAUCCAUUGUGGAGACAAAGCAAGCUACGGAAAGUGUGUGAAGAGAACAAUAUCCAUGUAAGUGGAUAUUCACCACUUGGUGGGCCAGGGAACUGUUGGGGAUCAACGGCCGUGAUUGAACACCCUGUCAUCAAAUCCAUUGCUCUCAAGCAUAAUGCCACUCCAGCUCAGGUGGCUCUAAGGUGGGGAAUGUCUAAAGGGGCAAGUGUGAUAGUGAAGAGUUUUAACGGAGCAAGAAUGAGAGAGAACAAGAGAGCCUUAGAGAUAAAAUUGGAUGAUCAAGACUUGUCACUCAUUGACCAAUUGGAAGAGUGGAAGAUCAUGAGAGGAGAUUUCCUUGUUAAUCAAACCACAAGCCCAUACAAAUCCAUCCAACAACUUUGGGAUGGUGAGAUUUAA